AUGAAGGGGCUUGUCGACUACGGAAGUGACAGCGGAAGCGGCUCUGACGAUGAACCGAGCGAUAUUGUCUCAAAUGCCCCUGCUAUUUUACCAAAGAUCACCAAGGUCGAGCACUCGUCUUCAAAUGGUGGCGAUGAUUCAUACUUUGCAGAAGAUGAUGUUUUUGAAGGUACGUCCUCGCUGAAUUUACCGGCUGUCAUUGAACCCAGUACGUCGGCCACGAAAAUCAAAGCUGAAGGCGAGCUAGAAGAUAUGGUUAAACCAAAAGAAGUGGGAAAUCAAAUUAGCCGAAAAGGAGCGAAGGCGUAG